AUGCAUGUGAAGUCGGCUCCAUCAGCAUCACGAUCAGCUUCGACAAGCAGAUUUGCGGCUUCGGGCGGCAAACGGGGAAGGACUACCGGUACCGAUAAAACGUCUGAAUCAUCAUCCGCUGAGGCUGAUGAUGAUGACGAUGAUGAUGAUGAGAACGAUGACGAUGACAACGAUAGAGCUCCAAAGCAUGCAAAGUUAUUCGUCGGACAGCCCCAUUCGUCCACGUACCUUGGUGCCGCAGCGACUUCAAAAGCUUCACACUCCAUGGCUUCUACGGGACAACCUAGCACCAAUUUCAAAGCAUCGCGGUCAUAUUCCUUGAAUAAUGAGGGCACCGCUCACCUGGGAGCCGUGUUCAUGCCCAUUGUGCUAAGCUCCUCGUCUGACGAGAGUGAAGAGCAUGAACGGGAGAAAAGUGGAAGUGUGCGGCAACCAAGCCGGGCCAACGGGCAGAGUCAUCGCCACAUCUUUCCGCCGAAUGGUGCUUUACAGCAAGGCUCAGUACUAGGGCGAGGCGGCCAGCAGAGCCCAAAAUCCUACGUCUCCCGUAAGACUGUGAAAUUGACCUGCGAAGAGCGUCGACUCCAGUUGUGCGACGACUUCGAUUCCGCCAAAUUCGACGCCAUGAUAUAUGGUCAAACCGACGCCUCGAGACCUCCUAUUGGGGUGUUCGCCCUGGCUGCCCCGAUUGCAAACUCGAAAAGGGCCUCGUCAUCUAGUGGAGAUGAUGGCCGCUUCCACAUGAAGCUUGACCCCCGCAUCCACUGGCCACAUCAUCGUAGCAGCCAGUGGUAUAAUUCGAAAAUGGAAGAAAUCAAAGCCCGAGGUGGUCGCAAGGCCAAUUUUGGCAAAGCAGCCAAGCGCAUGCGACAGCAGAGAUUGGCAGAAGAGCGGCAGGAAGUGGAAGAAAGGUUGGCCGUCUCUCAAGGCGAGCCAUGGCGGCUCAACAAAUCGCCACAGCCAUGGUCGCAUCAUAGACCGAUGGACUUUGGUGAUGUUCCCGAAGAGGAGUUGCCAGUUUACGUUCGUAAGAACGAAGAGUGGAUGCGAGCGGUGGCCUGGAUGCGUAAGAUGCGCGAAGAGAGUAUACAGAGGGACGGAGAAGCUGCCGCUCGUCAUGCCGCUGGGGGUUUCACACAGCAUCUCUCAUUGAACGGUCGGUAG